ACAAAAAUUUAGAACAGCGUUAUGUAUGAACAUUUUUAAAGAUUGGUUGACAUGGCAUCAGCGUUUGCUCAAUGCGCACGCCCGGAAAUUCUCUGGAUCUCCCAGCACUGGUUGGAUGUGGUUCUUGUAACUGCGCAUAUUUUUUGAUCGUGGAAACAACGUACACGUUGUCCCUGUUUUUCUUUUACCUUUUUUAUCGAGAAGAAUGGCAUAGGGGCCUACUUCCACAAGUCCAGAGCCAUAUAUUGAAGGAAGGAAGGAUAUAUUUCAGUGGUUAUUACCAUUGAAGUAAUUGUUAUUAGAUUAUAACCUUUGACUAUAUAACCAGUUAUAACAUGUCACAUAAUAACUGACAAUAGCUAUACGACGAUACUUAUUGAUAGCGAUAUUAUUUGUUAAAAAUUACAAAAUAAGGAUAUUGGUGUAUUUGUAAAAAGUGUGAUUGUAAAAAUGCAGGAUUCCAGUAGGGAUACUUCAAAAUCUGAACGUACACAAAGAGCCUAUAGACUAGCCACGUCAGAUGUUACGAAGAAAACUCUGUUAGAUACUGUUGUACACAAUAGUCGUACAAUAACAUCUAGAAAUGAAUCCAAAUUUAAUAGAACGACAAUGAUACCAAGUGACAUAAUGCGGACACAGAAGUUACAGAAAAAAGGAAUUGCUACAAGCAGACAGUCAAUCAUGCCAUCACAAUCUUUAUUAGAUAUACAAAAAAGUAUAGAUGUAGAGAAUAAAGAUUUAGAACUUUCACUGCUAUAUGAUGAAUACUUGCGUUCUCUUUUGAUAAAUAUCAUAGUACAAAAGAAAACUGAAGAAAAGAAAAAUUGCAUGAUUACCCAGUUAGCUACAGUAACACAAGAACAUGACCAAGAUAUGAAGAAGUUGAUAAAAAUUAAAACUAGGGAACAAGACAUAAAAAACUUGAGUUCAGCACAAGCAGAAACUGAUGCGCAACUAGCUGCAAUAACAAAGUGCACUAAAGACGAAAUGUUUCAUGUAGUAAAAGAUAAGCUGUCUAGAUUGGAGUAUCUUUUAGCACCUUUAGAUGUAUUGUGUUGUAAUGAUAUAAUUCUACCUGAAACUCCACAACAAUGGAAAGAGACUGAGGAAGCAUUAAAAAAGUGUUCAAAAAUCUUGGAGGACAUUAUGAAUCUAAUUGGACCUAAAGCCAAUCAGUAUUGUACUGUUAAUGAUGAAUUGAGAAACUUUAUGGAGACAUUUAGUGCAAUUGAACAUAUUCAGCAAAAAUUACUAGAAACUUUAUGUAAUUUGCAAGUACAAAUGCUGAAAAAUGCUUCUUUAUUAAUGCAGAAUGGAAAUCAAUAAGUGAUUCUGUAAAAUAUACUAUAUAUAUAUACUUACA